ACAUGGUCGCCGACAACACAAAAUAACCGGAGACCGGUUUUAUUUUGGUUAUUUUCCGACAACUCAUAAAUUAAUAAGAUAUGGCGACAAGAAGUUUGACAGAAGUAUUUAUUCUGAUGCGAAAUAAUGCCUUGCAGAGCAGGAACAUUUUCUCUGAUCAGGUGUCAGAUGACCGCAUCGGUCUGAUGUCCAAUGUCAACUUGGAUAUAGAGGCCGGCACAGUCAACACACGCUCCAACAGACUACCUCCAGAAUGGGUGGAUGGUGUAGAAGAAAUACAAUAUGAAAUGACACGAAUCAAAAUGAAAAUGAAGGAGCUCAAUGUUAUACAUGACAAGCAUCUGACCAGGCCAGCAUUCGAUGAAAGUAUUGAUGAAGAACAUUCCAUUGAAAUCCUCACACAAGAAAUCACACAGAUGUUUGCCCAUUGCCAAAGGUUGAUACAGCAGAUCACUGCCAGGAGUCGGAGGGGGACCCAAGAGGAACUGAAACUCUCACAAAAUCUUGUUAUGUCCCUUGUUCGAUCUGUCCAAGAAAUGUCCAACAACUUUAGAACUAGUCAAUCAUCCUACUUAAAAAAGAUGAGAAGCAGAGAGGAGAGAUCCCAGUUUUUUGACACAAACAUUGGGCCUGACUCCGGACUUUUACCUGAAGAUGAUAUGUAUGCAUCAUAUGACAUGGGUUUCAGUGAGGAACAGGCCCAACUGGUAGAAGACAACACAGCAUCCAUACAGCAAAGGGACAAGGAAAUAGCCCACAUAGUGCGCUCUAUACAGGACCUUAACGAUAUAUUCAAGGACCUUUCACAGAUGGUUGUAGAUCAGGGCACAAUAUUAGACAGAAUAGACUACAACAUUGAAAAUACAUCAGUGCAGGUGGAAAAAGGACUCCAACAGUUGCAAAAGGCUGAAAAGUACCAGAAAAAGAACAGAAAAAUGCAUGCAAUCCUUGUAUUAGCUGUUAUAAUUAUUGUGUUAAUUAUUAUAUUAAUAGGGGUGAAAAGUUAGCAGUAAAUUUUGUAGGGUUUUUUAUUAUUGUUAUUAUUUAUCCACUUGUCAAAAGUUUAUUUUUUGAUAUACAUGCAGUGUUGUGCAUAAAGGCAAGAGACAAUUUGGGUAGAAGCGGAAAGGUUCUAUCUGCUCCUUAAUUCCAUGUCACUGAGAAUUUUUGCCUUUCAUUCCUGCAAUUUGCAUACUAUUAAGAAUACAUGUAUGGCUGGUUAUUGUAUGAAGGAGAUUCCAUGGAAUCUUGUGUGCAUAUUUUCAUAGACACAUGCUGGCCAUGUUAAUUGAAAAAAGGUAGUGAAGACUGCUCAUUGCCAAAAGAAGGAUGUAUAUUUGAGCUGAACUUGACAAAUUUAGAUCUUGUUGAAAUCUGAAAGGCUGUUACUUUCAAGGACAAAACAGGUUAAUUUUCUGGUUCAUGUUUCAAUAUUCCAGAAACCAGAAUCAGGUUUUUUGAGUCCUAAGAACUUUAUCUUCAAGAACCCUAUUAAAGUUAAAUUUGUAUGUUGUAUAUGUGAUAUGUUGAGAUCAGUGAAAGUUGUAUUCUAAUUAAUUAAAAGUGUAUUGUGCAAUAUCUUAUAAUUGAUAAACAUGUAAUGUUUUGUGUGUUUUAAGAGGGAAAACGGUUGCAUAGGUUUGUAUAAAUAGUAUAAUUUAUAGAGAAUUUAAUUUGUAGACCAGUGACAGGAAUAUUUUAAUAAAAAAUGUUUUAUAUAACCAACUCGAUGUUGGUUAAAUAUAAGCUCUGUCAUAAUUAUAUAAAAUUAAAAAAUGAAUGCCUCUCUGAAUUCCAUUUCUUUUUAAAUGUGAACAUGCAAGUUCAACAAACACAUGUUUAACCUUGCGAAAUAAAGUCUUAGUCAAUUUUAAAUGUAUGAAAUCUUGCUUUUCCUUAGUUUUGAUUUUAGAGAACAAUGCUUCUGUUAUCAUACUUACGUUUUCACUAGGGUUUCAGAAUCUGCCCAAAAGCAUAAUCAAUAAUCGGAAAUAACCGGAUAAGCCAUUUUGUUCGAUUUUUGACUUUGAUAUCAAAAUUAACAGUUCAUAGAAGAGGUAUAAUGGAUUAACAAGAUGCAUAAAGUGUUAAGAGUAUUUAACAAUGAAUGAAGAUGAAAGCAACUUAUCAUGCUGUAUUUUUGUUAUUUAUUUGAAGUAUUCAAAGAUAAGCUUAACGAUUUUAGCUGAACACAAAAUAAUUGAUUAUUUUGUUAUAUCAUUUUUAUUUUUGGAGAAAACUAUUACAUUGCAAUAAUCAGUAGGAAAUUCAUGCACUUGAUAAUCACAAACCGCAAUUGUAAAUGAUCAAUUUUGAACAAUACCAAUCUAGUUUUAUCUGAAUUAUAUGCGCACACAAUAGAUGGAGUGUUAAGAUUUUUAUGAUAAACGACAUUGUUGUAAAUUUUAUGAUGUAAAAUAUUGUUAGUUUUCAUUAAAUUCAACUUAAAAUAAAAACUAAGUUGAAGUUUCACUAAGAAACUUUAUGAAUAUGACCCUGAUAUGUAACUAAGGUUGUGUUCACUGUUCCUGCAAUUACAGCAACACCUAUAUUGUACACAAGUGCAAUAAUUGUAAUAAAAUAUUCCAUGUUAUACAAGUUUAAUAUGGCAUUUAUCUAUACAUAUGUUUAUAUUGUCACCAACAUUAUACAUGUAAAAUUGACCACUAUUAUACAUGUACAUUCUCCAAUAAUUGUAUUUAUCAAUUUUUUAUGUAUUUCUAAAAUGAGAAACAAACCUGAAGUUCUGUGUUCAGCAGAAAUUGGACAGAUAGUUAUUAAAAUUGUAAAAAUCUUA